AGCAAAAAAAAGAAAAAGUCAUGUGACACUUCCUAGAGAUUUGUUUUCACACAUCACUUCUGCUUUCCGCAACAACAUUAUCCAGCAGCAAACCCUAAAUCCACCGCGGGAUUUAGCGCUCGUUUACGGCAUGGCUGACGGUGAGAGAUCGCCUUUGCUGUUGGACAGUCGCUAUGGAAUGAACGGGCUGUCACCGGGAGAUGAUACCUACCGACCUCCGAGCAAACCACAGACGUUCCCAUCAGCUCCUCCCACAUCGAUGGUUGGAGAGGCUCCUCCACCGUACUCCCCGCUGGGCUCUCCGGAGAGCGGCAGUGCUGCUGUCAUCAGCUGCAGAGUGUGUCAGUCGCUUAUUAGUGUGGAGGGCAAAAACCACCAGCAUGUGGUCAAAUGCGGUGUCUGCAAUGAAGCUACACCCAUAAAGAAUGCUCCAGCAGGAAAGAAGUAUGUGAGGUGUCCGUGUAAUUGUCUUCUCAUCUGCAAAGUCACCUCGCAGAGGAUUGCCUGCCCUCGACCUUACUGUAAGCGAAUUAUCAAUUUAGGUCCAGUUCAUCCUAGUGCCGGUAGUCCGAAUCCUCAGCCUAUUGGUGCCAGAGUUUCCUGUGGCCACUGUGGAAACACUUUUCUGUGGACAGAAUUUACAGAUCGGACAUUGGCUCGCUGUCCACACUGCAGAAAAGUCUCAUCGAUUGGCCAGAGGUACCCUAGAAAGCGGAGUCUGAUAUGUUUCCUGCUGUGCUUGAUCUUCAUUAUAACGACUGCAGGAUUGAUCGCUGGCACGUGGAGGAAGGGACUGAAAUAUAAUGGGAUUUAUGCCUCGUGGGUACUUUUCAUUCUCUUGGUGCUGAUCACUUUGGUCAGAGCUUUACAUUGGGCCUGCAUGAAAAUCAGUGAACCGCUGCACAGCUACUCAUCAUAGGAGUGAUGGAUGUGAAGGAGGAAGAGGUAGCAAUGAAGUGCAAAAGUAAAGAGAAAACGGAGCAAAAAGAUGUUAAUAAAGUGCUGCUUUGUCAGGAAAAUAUCCGAGACAUAUUUCACCCCAAAAUCAAUGAUUAUUUUGGAUAAUAAUAGUAAUUAUAAUAUUAUUUUGAUUUGGGGGUGAAAUGUGACCACUUUUCACCCAAAU